AUGGCACUACGAUUGACGUCUUCUGCGAAAGGGCUUUUGCAGACCGCUGUUCGCACACCGUUUGCCGCAAAAUAUCACGAAAAAGUCAUUGAUCACUAUGAGAACCCAAGAAAUGUGGGAUCUUUGGAUAAAAAUGAUCCAUCGGUUGGAACGGGAAUUGUUGGAGCCCCCGCUUGUGGAGAUGUCAUGAAAUUGCAAAUCAAGGUGGAUGAAAACGGCAAAAUCGUGGACGCGAAAUUCAAGACGUUCGGCUGCGGCAGCGCAAUCGCCUCGUCGUCGCUGGCCACUGAAUGGAUCAACGGAAAGACGAUCGAGUACGCAUCGAAAAUCAAAAACGACGAAAUCGCCAAAGAAUUGUGCCUGCCGCCAGUCAAAUUGCACUGCUCAAUGUUGGCUCAGGACGCGAUUCAGGCGGCAUUGAAGGACUACCAGAAGAAGCAGAAGAAAGCACAGAAAUAA